AUGGGCAACACGACCAGCAAUGUGCUGGAUGGUAUCGACAACUCGGGCACUAUCGAACGCGAUGAGUUUCUCAGUCUUCCUCAGAUUUCCUCAAAUCCCCUCGCCACAAGAAUGAUUGCCAUCUUCGACGAAGACGGCGGCGGCGAUGUGGACUUUCAAGAAUUUGUGUCCGGACUGAGCGCCUUUUCGAGCAAGGGCAACAAGGAACAGAAGCUGCGCUUCGCCUUCAAGGUUUAUGAUAUUGACAGGGACGGUUACAUCAGCAACGGCGAACUUUUCAUUGUACUCAAGAUGAUGGUCGGCUCGAACCUGAAGGACCAGCAGUUGCAGCAGAUUGUUGACAAGACCAUUAUGGAGGCGGACCUGGAUGGUGACGGCAAGAUCAGCUUUGAGGAGUUCACCAAGAUGGUGGAGAACACGGAUGUCAGCAUAAGCAUGACACUAGAACGAUCAUCAGACCAAUUCUAA